AUGCCCAUUCGCGUCAAGAAGAAGAACCUACCGCAGGAGCGGGACCUGAGUCCCGUGUCCAUGCGCGUCGACACGUUUGAGCUGCCCGACAUUGAGACGGAUGACAGCUUCCGGGACGUGGUCAAGAAGAUAUCGGUAUACAUCACCGAUGUCAUUGUUCUGCCGAGCACCUUUGAGCAGCUGAGAACCACCGCGGCUGGUGAGUGCUUGAGGAUCUUGGUUGAUCAUCUCAAUGCCACUUGCACCAAUCCUGCCAUUGUAAACGCCCUGCUCGCUCUCAAAUGGCAUUAUGCCGUCGAUGAGGCUGAAUCCAACAAGGGUCUCUGCGAGGCCCGCGCCAAUGCUUGCGAGAUCGUCGCCUGGCGCUUCCUCACCCGGUUGUCGGAACGUGAGGCGGUCGACUACUGUCUCUACGAGAUUCCUGACACCAAGGACCCGGAGACACCGCCGCCCAACAAUGAUUUGGAAAGCAAUGAGAACUCACCUCUGCUGUCUGGUGGCAGCCUCUCCAGCCACAGCAACAACAGGCGUACGGCGGCCCGUCCCGGAAGCAGUGCCAAGCGCUAUCAGCUCUUGUCGUCCCUUUCCAGGCUCACCAUGAGCAUGCACGCUGAUGAGGAUGAUGACGAUGACGACCCGACGUCCCCAUUCAUCAACCUGAACGCCCUGGAGAUCGCUGCCGUCGCCGAUGCCAAGCGCUUCCUCAGCCAGCAUGUCGUGCAAAAAAUAGUCACCGGAAUCUGGAACGGCGACAUCAUCUUCUGGGAUAGCCUCUCGGUCCACGCCGAGAAGAAGCCCCGUUUCUACAACGUCCACACCGCGGACAUCUUCUCCCGUCUGAGGGUUCCCAAGUACCUCAAGGCCUGGGAAGCCUUCUUCUUCCUCCUCUUCCUGUGCCUGUACUACUCUGUUCUCGUCCAACAAAACACCGAGCGCAUCACCCACAACGAAAUCGUCCUGUACAUCUGGCUUGCUGCUUUCCUCUACGAUGAGCUGAGCGAGUGGGCAGACGCUGGUACCAUCUUCUAUGCCACCGACAUUUGGAAUCUGUUCGACAUGAUCAUGAUAGGCAUCGGUAUCACUUUUGCCGUAUUGAGGGUCAUUGGUAUUGCGAACAACGACCGAGCAAUCACUGACCUUGCGUUUGACGUCUUCGCCCUGGAGGCCCUCUUCAUGGUCCCGCGAGUCUUCUCCCUCCUCAGCUUGUCGCCGUACUGGGGCACCCUCAUCCCGUGCCUGAAAGAGAUGAGCAAGGACUUCAUCAAGUUCAUGGUCCUCGUCGUCAUCAUCUACCUCGGCUUCCUCACGACCUUCUCCCUCAUCGGCCAGGACACCUACACGUUUUCCCACAUGACGAUGAUCCUGACAAAGAUCUUCUUCGGCUCUUCCUACGUGGGUAUCGAGAUCAUGGACGACAUCAACCCCGUCUUCGGCCCGACGCUCAUGAUCCUCUUCAUCAUCCUCAGUUCCUUUUUGCUGAUGGGCUCCCUGACCGGUAUGCUGUCCAACAGCUUCUCCCGCGUCAUCACCCACGCCCGCGAGGAGUACCUCUACGUCUACAGCGUCUACGUGCUCGAGGCCUCGACUAGUAACCGGCUCACGCACUUCUACCCGCCCUUCAACCUCGUCGCCCUCGUCAUCUUCCGGCCCCUGCGCCUGUUCCUCCCCUCGGAUGACAAGUUCCGCCAGGGCCGCAUCAUCCUCCUCAAGGCCACGCACCUGCCCAUCGUCGGCAUCAUCCAGCUGUACGAGACGGUCCGCCGCCGCGUGCUGCCGGACGAGUACGCCGGCUUCAAGGGACCGCGUGCCGGGACGGGCGUCACCAAGCGGCGGUCCAAAAACACGCUGCACGUCAACCGUCCUUCCUCAGGCUACCGUCCCGCGCGGUCCCCAUACCGCCACGACGAGACCCACUCCAGCAGGCCCCAGACCCGCGCUGCCGAGGUGGAUGACAUUGACGCCCCUUCCACCGUCGAAGUGCGCAUCUCCGAACUCAACGACAAGAUCGACAGGCUCACCGCUCUCGUCGAGGCGCUGCAGCAGCAGAAGCCCGAGACCCCUUGA